CGCUCGGGCGCCGCCAUGUCCUCCGCGGGGCGGGCCGGCGAGGCGGACCGGACCCUGUUCGUGGGCAACCUGGAGAGCCGCGUGCGCGAGGAGAUCCUCUACGAGCUCUUCCUGCAGGCUGGACCAUUAACCAAAGUGACCAUUUGUAAGGACAAAGAAGGAAAACCUAAAUCUUUUGGAUUUGUCUGCUUUAAGCAUACAGAAUCAGUGCCUUAUGCAAUAGCUUUGCUGAAUGGAAUCCGUUUGUAUGGAAGACCAAUCAAAGUACAGUAUCGGCUUGGGAGUUCACACUCUUCAGAACUAAACAGCCCUGCACAUGGUUUUGAGAACUAUGUUGACAUAUAUUCACCUUCAUAUAGGUAUCAAGAGCCUUAUGGAAAUCCUCCAUUUCCUGUUAUUCCUUUCCCAGUGAACAAUAAUUUGCCUCAGGAAUACUCUGUCUUUCAAAAGAUGAUGAACCAUUUUUUAGCACUGCAAUAUACAGUACACAGUCCAGUGAGUCAACAAUUUCCUUUCAAUCAGAUGGCUUCACCACUGCCUUCAAAUUUAUCCAUUCCUCCCUCUCAGAAUCAAGUUGCAAAUUUUAAGUCUGGACAGAGUUCUUCCGAGUGGGCCCUGCCACAUUCAAGCAAUUGCAAAGUGUACCAGAAGGAUGAAAGCACCUCUAAAAGAAAGAGAGAACAGCUAAGUUGUGACAGUGACAGUAGCAUUGAGAAUGACAAAAAGAAACAAAGAGAAUGUGACCAAAAAUACAAGAAGUGCAAAGCCAAGAAAAAAAGGCAUUAAUACUGUGUAAUUGGAUUCAUUCUUUUCUUGUCUUAAUUACAUUUGAUUUUUUUUGAGAGAAAUUGUCUCUCAUCCGUGCACUUUAUUUAGAAAGGAAUUUUCAAUAUUUAUAUUUGAAAUGUAUUAUGCAUAAAGUAUGUUGAUACUGUAGUCUAUUUAAGGUAUAGGAAACAUAUUUAAGAAGAUUAAGUUUUCCUAAUAAAAGACAAAAGUAGUUAUUUUUCCCCCAAAUCACGUACAGCUGUUACUUCACUAAUAGAGAAAUUUAAUGAAAAUGUAUAAUUUCAACCAUUCAUGAAGCACUUGUAUCACUUCCAUCACCAAUGAAUGUAUCUUGAAUAUAUUAUUGUGAAUGAUGUAAUAAUUGUCUGGAGGUGUUGAUAAAGUCAAAGCAGUAAGCAGGACAGAAAUUCCAAGUAUCAUAUCAGGGUUGUGUUUGGCACUAAAGAAUGAACAGCUAUAUAUUUUUUUCCCCCUCAAAUAUAAGAGUGUUUACUGAUUUAGCUCUGGUGUUACCUUUAGUAAGGAUCACCUUGUAUGUUCACUAGAGCUUUUUUUUUUUUUCCCAGCAGUAAAUUGUGGGUAAAAUAGUGGCACUUGCACUAAUUACAUGACUUACAUAUAUAUCACUACUCAAUUGAAUGUAUUUUCCAGUUGCAAUAUAUACUAAGAAGAACUAUCUGAAUAUAUGCAUCUUUCUAUAAAUUUAUUCUCUAGUGCUUAUUUGGGAACACUGAAUGUUUUUUGUAACAAAUGGAUGAAAAACUUAACGGAGUAUCUCCAUUAGAGUUCUAAUUGGUGGCAUGAGGGCAUGAGUCAAGUGAAUUACUACUACCUGUUAAAAAGAAAAGUUGUCUACCUGUUUAGCAGAGAAAAAAUAAACUCACAUGGUGUUGAAUGAAAA